AUGCACUUUUGAUGACGUCGCAAGGUUGUGUUCCGCUCUGACCUGUGAUUAUCUACGGAGUGGUGCGUUUGCGCCUCCUGUCUUGAAAGGGAGGUGAGGAGUAGUUUACUAUCCAGAGUUCAAGGUUUGGUUUCGGUGUUCGUUUGGAGUAGAGGGUUAUACCGAGGCUCAGAAGCCGCUUUUCACAGAGCCAAGAUGCUGAACAUGUGGAAAGUAAGGGAGUUGGUUGACAAAGCAACCAAUGUUGUGAUGAACUACUCUGAGGUUGAGUCUAAAGUCAGAGAGGCGACUAAUGAUGAUCCCUGGGGACCUUCAGGACAAAUGAUGACUGAAAUUUCAAGAGCCACCUUCAUGUAUGAGCAGUUCCCAGAGGUGAUGAACAUGCUGUGGGCCCGCAUGCUGAGGGACAACAAGAAGAACUGGAGGAGAGUUUACAAGUCUCUGCUUUUAUUGGCUCAUCUAAUCCGGAACGGGUCAGAAAGGGUGGUAACCAGUGCACGAGAACAUCUCUAUGACUUGAGAUCUUUAGAAAGCUACCACUUUGUUGACGAGAACGGGAAAGAUCAAGGAAUAAAUGUGCGUCAGAAAGUGAAGGAGAUGGUGGACUUCAUUCAGGAUGAUGACCGGCUCAGGGAGGAGCGGAAAAAGGCUAAGAAGAACAAAGACAAAUACAUCGGUGUUUCCUCAGACAGUAUGGGGUACCGAGGUUAUUCUGGUGACCGAUACGACUCGAGCGACAACAGGGGGAGGUGGGAUGACGACUGGGAGAAGAAAGGCCCAUUUCCCUUCAGUGAAAAGUUGGGGGAAAUCAGUGACAAAAUUGGCAGCACCAUUAAUGAUACCAUAAACACAUUCAGGAAGAAGGAUCGAGAUGACUCACCAGACCGAUUCAGCGAUAAUGAAGAACAGCAAGACCGUUCCUCUCGAAACGGUCAGUCGGCGAAGGAUUUUAAAGAUGAAGAGGAGACCGUCACAACAAAGAGCGUGCACAUCGUCCAAGCAACAGAGACGACGGCAACACGGAAAAGAGGGGGACCGUCCAAAAAAGUUGACCUUGGGGCUGCAGCUAACUAUAAAGGAGACCAGAGCCCAGAUACUUCAGCCAAACAGACACAGCCAGCAGCUGCCCCUCAGCCUUCCAGCACAGGCUUUGAUGACUUUCUGAUGGUGGACACAACACCUACCAAGCCCGCUGCCACAGACCUGAUUGGUGGAUUUGCUGAUUUUGCUACACCUGCAGCCUCUGCUGGACUUUUCUCAGGAUCUGUUGCAGCAGCAACAUCACCUACAAGCCCCAAUGGAGAUUUUGGAGAAUGGAACGCCUUCCCUGGUGGUCAAAUUCCGCCAUCUGCUCAGAGUGCAGACUUUGGUGGAAAUGACCUUUUCGGAGCCAUGGCGGCAGGUCCUGCCCCCAACCCUGUUUCAGCUCCGCCCGCUGCCCCUGCCUUUUUGGACCAGUUUGACUUGUUGGGAACAUCUCAGUCCAUCACUUCCUCCCAGAGCCUCAACGUCAGCAUGAGCAGCACACAGAGCAUGAACACCACAGUUCUGCCUCUGUCAAAGUCACAGCCGAUCCAGAACAUGGGAAGUGUCCUCCAGCCUCUGUCUGUGCAGCAGGGGGUGCCCGCUCAAGGUGCAGCAGCCAAAGCAUCUCUCCCAUCCACCUGGUCAGACCCCACUGUCAACAUCAGUUUGGACUUCCUGAGCCCUGGAAUGCAGCCCCCCAAACCAAGCCAGCCCAGCCUCAACACCCUGCAGCACGGCAACCAGGCACCUGCCAAUAUGCUCGCUCAGGGAUUUUCCAGUAUGAAUCUUGGACCUACACCAGUCAGACCAGCUUUUAAUACUAUGAUGCAUCCAGGAAUGGGAAUGGGAAUGGGGAUGAGUAUGGCUCCUAACCAGGGUAUGAUGGGCAUGAACAUGGGAAUGCCCCAGGGAGGUAUGCCUAUGGGAAUGCCUCAGGGAGGUAUGGCCAUGGGAAUGCCUGGUACAAUGGGAAUGGGAAUGAGCCCCGCCAUGGCCCAACAGCCCAAACACGACGCCUUUGCUGACUUUGGCAACUUCGGAAAGUGACGGAGGCGGAAAGAAGAGAAAACGUCAAGAGUGCUGGCAGUCCGUCUCCCUUCCAGCGCUGAAGGAUCCUCCUGAGCUGCAAACAAAGAGUACUUGAAAAAUAUCACAACACCCUACAAUCUUUGUAUUUUUAAAACGUUUAUCUAGUGACACAUGGAUCUAAAUGAAUGUGUGUUGAUUGAACCAAUGAUCAGUGCGGUCUAAAAUGGACAGAUGAUCGUGUCUUGCUGGUUGCAAAUUAGUCGGUGGGAAGAAGGUGCCACUGAAGAGAAGAGGGGGGAAAAACUGCAGGAUGGACUGCUUUAUAACCUCAAUCAAGUUUAAAUAUCCAGAAUAGCAAUAAUAUCAAAGUAGCUGCAACUAUAACUGAAAGAUUCUCAAACCAAUAUCCCAUUUAAAUAAGACGAUUGCUUAUUUUAAUUUAACUAAAUUUUCUAAUGUACAUUUAGUGACUUUUUUUCCCAUCCUGUCCUCUUCCUGUACAUAACUAUUUGCAGCCCAGACCGUAACUUAUGAAGUUAAUAUUUGAGAGGCACCGAUGGCGUGCGUCACACAGACCAAAUCUGACAUGAGACCUAUAGCAAUAACACGUUCAUGCGCUCUCCUUGUACAUAGUUGUCCACAGUCCAGAUGUGGCUAAAAAGUGUUACAGUGAAGAUGGAAGAAUCGCAGUGAGAGCUUUGAAUUUAAUUCAUUUCCUUUAAUACGAUUUCCUUUGUGGCCUUUUUUUUUAUUGAUGUCUAUUUUACUCUGGAAGAAUAUGCCUAAAUAGGAUAAUCAGUAAAAAAGCUCCUCGUGUGGAGGUCAUUUUUCAUUCUAACGGCGUGCCUGAGAAAUGUUCAGCCUUUUCCAUUGACCUGUGGGGGUAGCAGGGCUGCACACGGAGCUUUUGUACUGUGCACCUGUGCGGCCUCAAGCCGAUGGUGCGCUCUCUGCCCAGAAGUCCAAAUUAAACUGUUUUCUGUGUUCGUUGAUGCCUUAAACCUUCAGCAGAUCUUGCAGCUGAUUACCUUCUUUAUUUAAUCGCGGAGAAGCAAAGCAGUCCAGGUCUGUUUGUUUGAGAGGAACCCGUUUUAAGGGCUGCGAUGGACGUUAUACCCAUCCAGCGCAUUGUUCCCUUUUGCGUGAGAACAUCCUGUUAGCUCAGUGUGAACUGUGGGAAGCUCCACAGCGUGUAUGUUCGAUGAUGGCUGUACGCAGUGACUUAUCAGUGCUUCAAGUGCCUGCCAAGAUUCCUCUUGACCCUUGAAAUUCAGUGAUUUAGAAUCACGCCAACCUGAUGUUGCUGGUAUGUCAUGGAUGAGGUGAUUCAAUAGAAAGAGGGAGACCCAUUCUGCUGAGCACGCCGACACUGCAGCCUUGGAUCAAUGUCGUAAGCAUUCAAAUGACCAAAAUCUGCUAUUUUUCUAAUGAAAAUGUUGAUGCCUUUUCUACUUUCAAUCAUUUGAGACCUGUCUAAAGUGAGAUUGUUACUGAAACACUAGUAUAUGCAAGUGUAUAUAUCAAAGAAAAAAAAAUCCUUUUGAGACAAUUUUGCAAAAUUCAUCGUUCUGAUAUGAUUUAAUCAAGAUUCUUGAUGGACGACAUUAAAAAAACAAAAGGAUGAUUGAAA